AUGAGGCGCGUUGCACUUGCCAGUGCUGCCCUGGCCUUCUGUCUGCCCGCCCAAUGGGUGGGAGGGCGAACUUUCGGGUGCGUCCUGGGCGACAAUGCGUCUGCUCGGCGGCCCUACGUGUGGGUCGCCAAGAGCUGCCGCGGGCUCUUCCGCCUCACUCACAACACAGUUACCUGUGACAUCGCCUGCGGCGACUACCGCACGACAGGCCAGCGCUGCGAGGCGACGGAGCGCAGUUGCGGCCGAAGCUGCAGCUUGCCUCGGCCACUUGCCUCGCCCCUCACGAGCAGCAGCCGGGAUUGCCACGGCCCCAAUCUCGUGCUCCCACGGGUCGCAGCCCCUGUGAGCCUGCCCUCCCUGCGGUGCCAGUACUCCCUCUCGCGGUUUGCGCUCUCCACCGAGGCCCCCGCCUGCGCGACGGUCGAUGCCCUCGUCAAUGCGACCGCAACGGGCCGGUACGACAGCGACGGGCGGUUUGUCACCGACUGUACGAUCCCAACCUACGCUUCCCUGCCGCGCGGCGGUCGGUGCGUGCACAUCAUGGGCGACUCCUACACGCGACACAUGCUGCAGACCGUCUCGAUGGUCUUGAAGGACAACUUUGUGAGCGGCGGCUUUGAGCGGCCGAACGCGAACUGCCUCUGCGAUGGCCAGUUUAGCGAGCUCGAGCCGUGCCGGCGCAACGUCUCGUUCCCCUUUCCGUGCACAUCGGUAGAGUACGACUCUCGCCUCACGUGCAGAAGCCGUCGGUGUUCGAACGCGGUCCGAACCAGACGCGGCGGCGAGGCAGCCUUCGUGUGGCUCCAGGGCGGUUUGCACUACCUGCAGGGGCCGUUACCUCGCUCCGGCCGUCCCUCCCUGCGGGCGCCAGUCAAAUCGUUUCUCGCCGCCAUUCGGACCACGGCUCACCGACAUGUGCACGCGAACGAUCGCUUCUUCGUGUCCGGCCUUCACUUCCAGACGCCCGCUGCUGACAGAGUCUUCCCGCACCAGCGACGUGCGCUGGCGCAGGAGUUCAACCGGCAGGCCCGGCGAGUCACCGAGGAGGUGGGCGGCAGGUUUGUCGACUUCUCGACGGUCGCCGACGGCGACGAGGCUCGCGGGACGUCCGACGGUGUGCACUACUUGACGUCGGCCAAUCUAGUGAAGGCGCGCAUCUUCCUCGCGCUGCUGCACAUGACGUGA